AUGCCCGAAUCCUUAGUAAAUCCCCCAGAUAUGAGGGAUACUGAGAAUGUUUCGGAUCGGUUCUACUCUAGACGGCCCGAGCCUAUAUCGCUGUCGAACGUCCCGAAACUCUCCUCCCCUUUCCCUUCGCCGACCGAAGCCAAGCAUCCCCCAGUAGGGAACCAAGUAAGCAGCGGGGAAAUUGUACAAGAUGGGGAGAGUGUCAAUCACAGCAAGGGCAGGACGCCUGCAGGAAAUACCAGUGGGAUGUCGGAAAUCCUGGACGCAGAGAAUCCGGCCACGUUGAGUCUCCGACGACCAAACGACUCGAGUGUCGACAACCAAAGACAGGCAUCGAUUCAGACAGCGCCCACCUCCGUGCCCGGGUCGACUGCAUCGCCGCCUCGUCCAAGUGUGCAGUUCUCGAGAGAAACGUCCGAGAUAGAUCAUACGGCCCCCGAACCCGCAUUGUCUCGACCCUCUUCGUCGAUGGGCGAUGAUGCGGAUUCCGGGUUAAAGGGAAAGCAAUCGAUAUUUACAAAGUUGAAAGCCUUUGCGGCAUCCCCAUCGUUCGCAGCACACUCUCGCUCUGUUAGCACUGCAACAGUUGGAGAGAAUAAACCGUCGAAUGUGGACUUGGCUACCCCCGCCUCUGAAAGAGGAGAAUUUCGAUUCCCCAAUACCCUAGAGGAAGAAGGAAGUGACAUUGAUGCAGAUGCGGAGGAGAGUGCUGGGGAGCAGCGACCCCCCCGGGAACAGAAAAAAAAGCGACAGCUACGACGACAACAACAGCAACAUACUGAUUCUGCACCCGGAACCGAACCAAACACCCCGAAGAUUAUAAGUCGACCGUCGUUCCACCUGCACGGGUCCUUCACUCCCUUUGAAAACUACCGACCGGCCUUUUUCCAGCGCAGGGGAAGUGCCGGAGACCUCCCCCAGCAGCGCGAGGGUGUUUCCGAAGACGAGGGCCGUGAUCGUCUCAACAGGGAUACAGCUUGGAGGCGGAGAAGUACCUGGCUGGCCAAUGCGCGCGGGCUGAGCACUACGGGACGACAGCUGGAGGGCCAAACAAUCCAGGAAGAGAGUGCUAAGCGACCACGCAAUUUUCGACGGAUUACCGCCGGCCUGGCGGGCCCGUCUGACAACAAUGGAGAAGGCCUGGCACCGCCCUGGAGGCGUCACCGGGCAGAUCGUGGCUCUAGCCUCAGUGCGCAAAAGUGGAGGCAGAUUAAGGCAGGGUUGAAAAUGAUCGGGCAGAGACGCAAGGUCGAUAACACUGUGGACCACGCAAAGUCGGCCGAAUUGUUGGCAGAACUGGCGUCAGGAGUACCGGCUGCUCUGAUAUUGGCGAGUAUGUUCCAACGAGAUGAACAUGGCAGCAAGCGCAUCCCUAUCCUCCUAGAGCAGCUCAAAGUUCGCGUCACGGAUAGCAAGAUCGACUCGCACUCGGGAGAUCGUCACCUGGUCUUUCGAAUUGAACUGGAGUACGGCAGUGGCAUGACACGCAUGAAAUGGAUCAUCCACCGAACCUUGAGAGAUUUUGCAAACAUUCACCUGAAAUAUAAGCUCCACUUCGGGACCCAAAAAUACAUCCAAUUGCGAAACACCGAAGGGGGCCAAAACCUUCCUCGCUUCCCCCGCAGCGCGUUUCCAUACCUGCGAGGUGUUCGGGGUUUGGAUAGUGAUGCAGAAGAUGAGGAAGAUGAGGGCGGAUAUGAAACCGCAGCUGAGGCCACGAGUGGCAAUGAAAGGAUUUGUAGAAGGCAGCUACAACCACAGCAUGCACGCAGACGGUCUUCUGGUGGCAUAUCCCGCAGACUGUCAAGCCUAACGAAUCCGGAUGGAGACAACACUGCUCCCGAAGGCCCGGCUAAGCGGGACAGCUACCCAGAGCGGCAGAGGAGAAAGUUGGAAUCUUACUUGCAGAAGUUGAUUCGGUUCCUCAUCUUUAAACCAGACAGCAACCGUUUGUGUAAGUUCCUCGAACUGUCUGCCUUGGGCGUCCGUCUUGCCGCGGAAGGGAGUUAUCACGGAAAGGAGGGAUACUUGAUGAUCCAGUCAUCCAAGGGUCUUGACUUCCGGCGAGCUCUUACUCCGGGUAUGGUAAAGAAACGACAUUCGCCGAAAUGGUUUCUUGUCCGGCACAGUUACGUUGUCUGCGUUGACUCACCUGAAGAAAUGAAUAUUUACGACGUGUUCUUGGUCGACGCUUUCUUUAAGCUACAGACGCAGAAGAUCAGUCUGCGACAUCAGAAAGCGAAAGAGUUUGCGAAGUCUGCGACAGAAUCAGCAAGGCAUCCCCAACAUCACACGCUGAGACUCGAAAACUCCGAGCGAAAGCUCCGUCUGCUGGCUAGGAACGAGCGCCAGCUCCAUCAGUUUGAGGAUUCCAUCCAUUUCAUGGUCUCUAACACCCCAUGGGCGAAACCCAAUCGUUUCGACAGCUUUGCACCAGUCCGUCACAACUGCUUUGCGCAAUGGCUGGUGGACGCCCGGGACCACAUGUGGGUAGUGUCCCGAGCAAUUAACCAAGCCAAGGACGUCAUCUAUAUUCAUGACUGGUGGCUCAGCCCAGAGCUUUACAUGCGACGGCCAGCUGCAAUCAGUCAGAAGUGGCGAUUGGAUCGUCUGCUCCAACGCAAGGCUCGCGAGGGUGUGAAGAUCUUUGUCAUUAUGUAUCGCAAUAUCAACUCCGCCAUCCCUAUUGACUCGGAAUACUCCAAGUUUUCCCUCCUUGACUUACACCCGAAUGUUUUUGUCCAAAGGUCUCCAAAUCAAUUCAGACAGAAUACAUUCUUCUGGGCCCACCACGAGAAGCUUUGCAUCAUCGACCAUACCCUCGCCUUUGUGGGUGGAAUCGAUUUGUGUUUUGGGCGAUGGGAUACCCCACAGCAUCUUUUGACAGAUGAUAAGCCAACUGGGUUUGAGACGCCUGGGGGACCGAAAGAUGCAGAUCACUGUCAACUCUGGCCGGGCAAGGACUACUCCAACCCCCGUAUACAAGACUUCUACGAUCUGGACAAACCCUAUGAGGAAAUGUAUGAUCGUAAUGUGGUUCCUCGGAUGCCUUGGCAUGACAUAUCCAUGCACGUUGUUGGCCAACCGGCGAGAGAUCUUACUCGUCAUUUUGUCCAGCGGUGGAAUUAUAUCCUGCGUCAACGAAAACCGACCCGCCCAACACCUUUUCUAUUGCCUCCACCGGAUUUCGAGGCUGCCGAUCUAGAAGCUCUUGGCCUCGAUGGAACCUGUGAAGUUCAGAUCUUGCGCUCCAGCAGCAUGUGGUCGACAGGCACCCCGGAUAUUACCGAGCAUAGUAUCAUGAAUGCAUACGUCAAAUUGAUCGAGGAAUCUGAGCAUUUCGUCUACAUCGAGAACCAGUUCUUCAUUAGUACUUGCGAGAUCGAUGGCAGAAAGAUCGAAAAUUUGAUUGGUGAUGCACUCGUCGAGCGGAUUACUCGAGCUGCAAAGAACAAGGAGGCCUGGCGGGCGGUCAUUGUUAUUCCUCUGAUUCCAGGAUUCCAGAACACAGUCGAUAGCGAAGGUGGAACUAGUGUUCGUCUGAUUAUGAUGUGCCAGUACCGGAGUAUUUGCCGUGGGGAAACGUCUAUAUUUGGACGCCUUCGGGCUCUGGGAAUUGAACCUGAAGACUAUAUCCAGUUCUUCAGUCUUCGGUCCUGGGGUAAGAUUGGUCCUCAGAAGCAACUUGUUACAGAGCAGCUCUAUAUUCAUGCCAAGUGCAUGGUUGUAGAUGAUCGGGCGGCCAUUAUUGGAUCGGCCAACAUCAACGAGAGGUCUAUGUUGGGGUCACGAGACUCCGAGGUUGCAGCCGUGGUGCGCGAUACAGAUAUGAUUUGGUCUACCAUGAACGGUCGUCCUUAUCUCGUUGGGCGGUUCCCGCACACCCUUCGUAUGCGUCUCAUGAGAGAACAUCUGGGUAUCGAUGUCGACGAGUUGAUGGAACACUCACUAGCAACAGAGGAAGAGCUACGAAAGAUCCAAAUCGAGGAAGAAGAGCCAAAGCCAUCCGGAAGCCAGAAUAAGCAAGACUCAGAGUCCCUGAUGUUAGAGAAACAGGAUGAGAGGGACAUGAUCGAGCGUCGACAUCGGAUCCAGGACGAAUUUCUGUCUCGUUCAGAAGAAAUGCAUAGUUUUAAUCAUGACGUCGAUUGGGAGCAGGGCAAUAACCCGAACCUCAAGUCCAACAGGAAGCUUACUGCGGAUGCAAGAGUCACUUCCAAUCAAGAACAUAGGAACGAUGUGGACGGGCUUGGCUCUGACAAUCUGCAUUGCGCCUUGCAGGCUGGGCUGGGUGAUGGCCGGGAUUCACAGGUCCUCGAUAGCAAGAAAGAGGUCUUGGUUUCUUCCCUUGCAAGUGAGGGCAAGGGAACUAUCCAGCAACCAAAAACCUCGCCGACGAAGACCUCCCCGCGGAGUACUCCUAAUGGCAGGGAUCUCAAGGAAGCACCCCCAGCCAUUGCCCACCAUGAUGGCGAAUCGCCGCUUGUCGUGGAAGGAUUGCUAACAGCCCGCAACCCGUCGUUGCCACUGAAUGACAACGAAAUCAAUGGCAAGGGGACUCCCGUCACACCGAAAGAGAAAUUCGAUACGUUGAAGCACUCUCACCCACUUGGUUCUGAUAUCCCGCAUAUUUUCAUCGAUAAGGACUGCAUGAGAGACCCUGUCCUCGACCUCUUCUACCUGGACACCUGGCUUGCUGUUGCUGAUAAAAACACCAAGAUUUUCCGGUCCGUAUUCCGUUGUAUGCCUGAUAGCGAGGUGAAGUCCUGGAAAGAGUACAAAGAGUACGCAGCCUAUGGGGAUAAGUUUGCCGAGAUGCAGAGCCAACACAGCGCCAAGGCAUUCAAACCGCCUCAUCAACGACAGACAGGACCUCCCGGUACGGGUGCCAGCUGGGCCACCGGGCUGAAACAUAACGUUUCCGUGUCCCAGGCCGCCGGUGCAGGGGCUUCUGGAAUCGAACCGAAGGACAGACCAACAGGCGAAAAAUCCGAUCCUCUUUCAAAUUCAAAUGAUCGACCAGUGUCCGCGGGGCUGAAUCCAGAAACUACACCCCCAGUAGACGAGAAAUCGGCUCUGAAAUCAGCAAACACGGGUACCGGACGUCACGAGCGACACGACGAAGGUUGCUCUUCCGGAGAUGACCAGGAGAAGCCUCAAGUGAAUUAUUCGGAGGCAUUGAACCGCAACGCUACGACUCGAUCACGGCGACGAAGACGAAGGGCUACAACUCUCGGCUCUAAGCGGGAUUUCCAUUCAUCCGAUGAGAUUAUGGACAAGCAGCAUGCGGAAGAUCUCCUUAAUCAGGUUCAGGGGCACCUUAUCCUCUGGCCCUACGACUGGCUCGAGAAAGAAGAACAAGGUGGAAACUGGCUUUACACUCUGGAUCAAAUCUCUCCUCUGGAAAUUUACAAUUAAAUCUACCCCAUACCAUACAUACCUCCUCGAUUUCUCACGUCUUUCCAUUCCACCAAAAUCUCCUAUGUUCCCGGCCCCUUUUUGCACCCAUCCUGUUCCACUUGAUUAUUUUAGAGCGAUUGUUUGUACCUGCUUUGUUAUUUGAGUCCCUUUUUCCUCCUUGUAAUAUAAUGUUGGCCCAUAUAACUGGUGUGACUGAACUGCAUUCGUAACCCUGUUCAGCCUUUGCUUUGUUUUUUUAUAGCAAGCGGGUGUUCUAUCUAUCUAUACGCAGGUUUCUUCUUUAUCUUGUCUCGUUUUUUUUUUUUUUUUUUUUUUU